AAAAUCUGGGCCGCUUUGUUUGGCAAAGACUUGCAGUGACCCGUUUCACUGUUAAACCGAUUCACCCACACCUAAGCUAGCCAGUCAACCGAACUGAUCAGAACACACCAGACGACAACUACCAUGGCCGAUCAACUCACAGAAGAACAAAUUGCUGAAUUUAAAGAGGCUUUCAGCCUUUUUGACAAGGAUGGAGAUGGCACCAUCACAACUAAAGAACUGGGUACAGUUAUGAGAUCCCUAGGACAGAAUCCUACAGAGGCAGAGCUUCAAGACAUGAUUAACGAAGUUGAUGCUGAUGGAAACGGAACCAUCGAUUUCCCAGAAUUCCUCACCAUGAUGGCUAAGAAAAUGAAGGAUUCCGAUUCUGAAGAGGAACUUCGGGAAGCUUUCCGUGUGUUCGAUAAAGACGGAAACGGUUUCAUCAGCGCCGCUGAAUUACGUCACGUGAUGACAAAUUUAGGAGAAAAACUUACCGAUGAGGAGGUCGAUGAAAUGAUCAGAGAGGCUGAUUUAGACGGUGAUGGACAAGUCAACUACGAAGAAUUUGUUCGAAUGAUGACCAGUAAGUAAAUGGGAUUGUUUCACCUAAACAGAGCAGUACAUCGACUUCCACUCAAGGCCAGAUCUUCUACAUCAAUGUGCUGAAAGUGAAAUCAAACACAGAAAUGAGAUCGUUUUUAUACCUUGUAUACCUAGUGAGACAUUAUACAUUCGUUUUGGAACAUUGAAUAUUAAUGAUCUGACACAUACAUAUAUUUUAUAUGAACAUUUUAUUAUUUAUGUUGAAUAAAACCUGUUGGAAAAUAUUU